AUGAAAACAGUAACGAUAUUCUGGAUUUUGAUUUGGGUCUACGCUAGCAUUACCGCAGUGACCUCUGGUUACCUGUGGUCUUUGGAAUGGUUAGGAGGCCCACAGUCAGAUAAGACUGCCAUUAGUCACGACAUCACUAACGACCAUUACGUGGAUCCGAACGAAACGAAUCCCGAAACCAAGAAAGCUAUUCAAUAUGGCUCUAUUAUACUUGUGGUCUCUCUCGUUGUGCUUGUUCUGAAAAUGGUGGCUUGGAGUAUUGCCAGGCGGGUAUUUAAGGAA